AUGGCUCUCAGAAUUACUGAACUGUCUUGCGUUGUAUUUCUAGUCUCACUCAUAGGCUUCGCUGCUGCAAUGGCCACAACUGAUGAAAAGUGCUGCCAGUACAAUGUGAGCGUUAAGACAGGAGAUGUCAAUAAUGCAGGAACGGACUCCACCAUUAGCCUCAAGUUAAAGUCCUCUUCCGGCGAUAGUUUUACCAUCGCCAACCUCGAAGAUUGGGGCGCAAUGGAACCCGGUCACAACUACUUCGAGAGGGGCAACCUUGACUUCUUCAAGGGCGCUAGCAAUUGCCUCAAUGUUUGCGCCAUCACCGUCACCUCCAACGGCGCAGGGAUCAAGCCGGGGUGGUACUUGGAAUACGUAAACGUCACCGUCAGUGGCGACAUAUCUAAGAACAUACCGUUCCCGGUGAACCGGUGGCUGGCUGAAGACGAACCGCCCUGUACGCUCUCUGCCACCGUCAACUUAUGCUGCAGCUGCAGCUUUUAUCCUUUGAAGUCCACUCUGUUUUCUGUGUGA